AGAAUUAUAAUAAUUAAUAUUUCUUGAAUUCUACGACAGUAUACACUGAAUAGACGCAGAAUGAAGUUGUCAGAGAAAAUCAAAAAAGCACUACAGCCGAUAUCUCUUUAUGCUUUAAUGAAUCUAGGAGCUGCUUGUCUGAAUCCAGUUCUAAGUUAUCAAGGGUUAAGUUUGGGUUUAUCAGUAUCAGACAUUAUACUUGUCAAUGGACUGUCAACUUGUCUCUCCCUACCCUCCUCUCCAAUCACUGGUUAUAUCGGAGAUAAAAUUGGAUACAAAAAGAUGUUUGUUGUUUUAAUGGGUCUCAGUGCGUCACAAGUUUUUACCUUGUACAUACCAACAGUAAAUACUGUACAUAAAUAUCAGAUUGGAAUAGACUCCAUGGAUGAUAUAGAGAGCUCAGCAAAAAAGAUAAAAUCAUUUUCUGAAUAUGUUGAUGGGAACUUCAGCUGUCAAGACACAUUGAGUUUUACUAUUCAGAAAAUUAUUUGCCCCAACAGCGAAUAUGAUCUGGAAAUGUAUGUACAAGAAGACAUCUUUGAUAAUAUUACAAGAAAAGCAUGCAAUCAAUAUGGUUUAGAUGUUUGUAUUUAUAACAUUGAUGAAGAUGAUUCCAACCUGAUUUACUGCGAAGUUCUAUUGAAAGAUGAAAUUAAUGAAAUUAUAUUUGGGAGCCGUGCAAUAACAUUGGGAUUGUACUUAAGUUUGCGUAUCCUUUUCAAGUACUCCCUGUUUCCUGGCUAUAAUAUAGCUGACGCAAUAGCAACAAAAAUGGCAACAAGAAUAAAUGUUGAAUGGGGGACUAUUUGUUUUUUUGGAAGCCUUGCUAACAUUAUUUCUCCUAUUGCAGUUGGCUAUAUGCUGGAAUAUGUUUCGUUUGAUGUCCAACAGAUUGACUGUGUUACAGGGUUAGAAAAGAAUGAGGAAGAUUUUAAACUCCCGUUCUUUUUCUAUGCCGGAUUCAUGGUGGCGGCCAUGUUGUUUUGCGCAUUCUUUAUCGACGAGACUGAACUUGAACCGGAAAAGGAACUGGAAUCAGAACCAGAAACAGAACUUGAACUUAAAACGGUAAAAGAAGAGAUAAAGAAAACGAAAUGGAGUACAGAACUAAAUUGGAUUUGGAGCUUGCCUGCCAUUGGUUUCUAUUGUUUCCUUCUUGUUUAUGGUAUAAUACUUGGAGUUUUUGAUGGUUUCUAUGCUAUUUAUAUUGCAGAAGAUCUCAAUAUAUCCAAGAGAUGGGUUGGAAUCAUAUUUGCUGUGAGCGGAGCAACUAGUGCGCUGUUCACUCUUGUUGGCGGAUUUCUUCAAAAAUAUAUGGGGAGUAUGAAUAUCAUAAUUCUGUCGGUAUUGAUCAUUUCCUCAAAAAUUGUUAUAUUUGGUUUCAACAGAGAGUAUAAUAUUGGAGUAACAGAAGAGAUUGAUAGAACUGAAGUUCCCAUAGAGUUAUUGCUUUUGGCUAUUGUGGAAAUCGGAAUUUUUCAGUGGGUUGGAGUGGUGGGCUAUGUACAGAAAAUAGUUCCUGAAAACCGGUUUGCAACAGGACUUGGCCUGGCUGCAUCAUGUGCUUAUGUAGCAGGGAUUGCAGGGGGCAACUUUAUCUCAAUGACGGUGAAUGCUCAGAUUGGAACCCGCCGGAUGUACAAAAUAUUUGGAUUCAUUGGCAUUGCAUGCACUGUUUUGUAUUACGUCAUAUACCACGUGUUGAUCAAGAAAGCAGAAGUGAAAACGACAAAAGAAGAAAGUAUUGAUAACAUUGAGCUAAAUCCAGUUGUUAAUGCAAAGGAAACUGUGGGACUUUAAUUAUCUGUUGUUAAUUUGUUUUGUUAUUAAAAAUUCACAAAAAAAAAAUUUUAGUGCUGUAGUAAUUAUAUUGUAAUGAUUGAUUUACAUGAAUAAAUUGUAAAUAAAAGAUUUGAAAAAG